AUUGUUAGCUGUGUAGACAUAUAUAUAUUUUUUAAGCAAUUUAGUUAUCAAUUUGCACUGUUGUCUCAAAUGGUUAUUUUCCUGUUUUCUUUUCCUCUGCCCUGCAACCAGUCAUUCCUAUCUGUCUAUCAAUAUGGAUAAAUACGUACGCACAUGUGUAAAUAUGUCUGUCUCCUUCCUGAUCCCCUCGCUGUGACACAUCUUCCUUAGGACUUAUAUUGGCUUUGCGUAUUUAUUGUUUUCCGCUGAAAGAGUUUCAGACCCACGUGUUCAGAGUUUUUGUUUUGUUCAGUCUGUAGCCCCAAUGCCUGUCAUCCUAGGACCUGUGUAGCCGGAAGCUGAAUAGAUUUGACGAGAUGGCAGAGCCAGAGGUGAGAUCCUUCUGGCGAGCAGUCUCUCGUGAGAUGCAGGGCUUGGCCGGGAGAAGGAGCGUGAGCAUGUCAGAGUGGAGUCGGAGGUUCCUGGCGGCCACUCUCCAUCGUGCCCGGCAACCAUGAGCUUAUCUCCUUAUCACACUGGGGAAUAAGUCACUACAGGGAACCAGCUGGAAGGUGGAUGUGGAAGAAGGGCAGGUGUCAGGAGUUGGCGUGACAUUGCCGACUGUCUGCAUUCCUCUGCUGUGAACCAGUUUUGACGUCUGCUUUGCAGUUAUCGUUAGAAUAUUUGAGCUAAUGUGUACGAAGCUCUCUGCAAAGUCUUUCUCAUGUAAUGGAUGCUCAGUGGCACAUUGUAAAAGUUAGUGUUGCACAGGGGGUUCAGCUGUGCGAUGGUUUCAGGAGGUGUGCUGGGGGUCCCUGUGUUCGUCGGCGGGGGCUGCUAAAGCAAAAAUCCUGGAGACGGGGGCUUCUAAACAGCAGAAGUUUAUGCCUCACCGUGCUGGAGGUUGGUGAGUCCAGGACCAGGCUGCCGGCAGAUUCGGUGUCUCGUGAGGCCGCUUCCUGGUCAGUAGACGCCGUCUUCUCGCCGUGUCCUCACGUGGGGGAAGGGGCAGGGAGCUCUCCGGCGUCUCUGUUACAGUGACUCUAGUCCCAUCACGCGGCCUCUGCCCUCAUGACCUAGUGCCCUCCCACAGGCCCCAGCUCCUGAUACCAUCACGCUGGGGCUUAGGUGUGAACAUGAACUUUGGGGACACAACCGUCGGUCUGUAGCAGUCUCCAAGCCAACCCCCAGGUUCACGGAUUCACUGGGAGGACUCCUGGGUUCCGCCUGUGGUUGCAGUCACAGCUGUGACUACUACAGUGCAAGAGUAGAGUGACGUUAGCAGAGGGGAGGGGGCCCUGGGACGAGUCCUGAGCAGACAGGAGCAGGAUUCGGAGGUCCCCUCCAGUGAAAUCACAUGGGACGCGCUUCAUUCCCCAGCAGCCAGCCGUGACAACGUGAGAAGUGUUGUCUACCCGGGAGGCUGAUGAGAGACGCGGGUACCGGGGCUGGUUGUGUGGACACCCUCUGCCUCAGCGAGCCGAGAUUCCAGCCUUCUGGAAGGAAAACCGCUCUUCUGCGUAAACCAGAUUAUUUGCCCAAAAAGGCAGAGGGAGCCACUGCCGUCAGGGGGUGGGAGCUCCCGGAGUCCAGGUUCCCCUGCGCCAGCUGAGGCAGCUUGCCGGCAGGCCUGACUAAGGAGAGGACCCUCAGGCCUGCUCGGUGGACCCUUUCUGCGCGCUCAGGCCCUGGGCCCUUGGACAGGGCACCUUCACAGCAGGUUUAUUCUCAGUGGGACCCUGGGCAGUGGGGCGACACCAUCCUGCGGUACUGGGAUCCGUUCUGUCCUUUGGGGGUCCCGGACUUACCAGUUCAGGUAAACCCUGGUAGCCAGGGGGCUUCUCCCUCAAGCUUCUGUGUUCUCUGCCUUUUGGUUGUUUCUGUAUUCUUUUUGCCUGGCCUCAGUUCAUUCCCGCAGAGCACAGCCUGGGCCAGGAGCCUGCAGCUGAGCUGAGUGGCUUCCGGGGGUAAGGCCGUGUGCUGACAGGACGCACACCCGAGAAAUGGAAUCGCACAGGGCACUUGUGGCCCCCGAGACCCAGUUUACAGUUGUUGGGGGCCCCCCAGCAGGACAGGCGUUAGUCAGACAGCCUGGCCAACAGGGCCCCCACUGGGGCCUCCCUGGGGCCCUCCGGUCUCAGAGUUCUCUGUGCAGCCCGAGUAGUUCAGUCCCAUCCUCAUAUCAGGACUGCCUGAGGCGGGCACUUUCGGUUUUGUAAUCUGCGGUGCUAUUCGUCCACCUCCCCGGUGUGGCCGCCGUCCGGAGGCCAUCUGUGUGGAUAGUAACCAUUCCAGAAUGAGCAGCACGAUUGCAGAAGGUCCCAUCAGAACACAGGCCUUCCUCGUGGGCAGCUGCAUGUGACCUAGACAGGCCAGCAGCACCUGGGAAGGUUCCAGAGUUUAGGGCCUCACAGAGAAGUCUGUAAAUCUGCAGGGCCGGCAGGCCUCCGGGAUUAUGGGUUCAGUUCCUGACCAUGCAGUAAAGGGAGUCACACGAAUUUUUUGGCUUCCACUGCAUAUAAGAGUUAUGCUUACACCAUACUGUUGUCUGUUAAAUGUGCGAUAGCAUUAUGUCUAAAAAAACAAUGUAUACACCUUAAUUAAAAAAUACUUUAUUGCUGCAAAAUGCUGACCAUCAUCUGAGUCUUCAGCGAGUUGUAAUUGUUUUGCUGGUGGAGGAUCUUGUAUGAAAUGCAGUAUCUGCAAAGUGCAAUAAAGCGCAGCAUGCCUGUGUCCCCUGAGUCGAGUCCUUUUGGUGGAGCUGAUGCCUGCUCAGGGCGGCACGGUGCACACUGAGGCCGCAGCGGCCCCCUGGAUCCUCUCGGGUUUGAGCUUGCAGUCAAGUUCAGGUAGUUAGGAUCUGCGGACUCAGAAUUCUGGAAAAUGCUGGGGGCUUCCUCACAGCAGAAAGCUGAGACGCUGCUGUGUGCCACCUGUGGUAAGCCCUGCUGUCCUCUGUGCCCUUGAGUCCAGCUCCGAAGAUGGCUUAGACUGCUGGGCAGCCGGCGGCCUCGAGGUCAUCAGAAAUAGGCUUUCCUAAGAGCUCGUGAGCCAUCUGGAAACUUCUACCUAAAAUUCCAAAAGUAAAUCUCUAUUUAGAGCUUGCCUGUUUUUCCAUUUUGUUUCCUUCUUUUUUUGAACCUCCAGUGGGUAAACUUCAUAGUAAAAAAUUAUCAGAGGUGGAGACGUAAUCUGGUUUUUUCUAAAGCUUAGAGUUUAAACUCCAGCCAUGUGCUGUGGCAGAAAGCAAGGAGGUCGUGUCUCGCAGACACUGUUUCUCUGUCCUGAUGGGGACGGUCCCUCUAGUAUUUAUCAGAUUACAAGCACGUGCCAUUUUGCAUCAGUUUUUAUGAUACAUGCUGGUGCAACAGCCGCAGAACAAAACCAUUUUAAGUAGAAAAACCCCUUCCCCUCUUUGUUCCUCACUGCAAAUUCACUCUCACCCUGGAUCCGUUUCCUAGGGCUGCCGUAACCAAGGACCACAAUGCGAGUGGCUCACAAAUUCAUCCUCUCACCAUUCUGGAGGCUGGGAGCGGAAAUCAAGGUGUUGGCAGCGUCCCGCGCCCUUGGAGCCCUCGGGGGCUCUGGGACCCUUCCUUGUCUCUCAGCUUCGGGGAGCCCCAGGCCUUCCUGUGCUUGUGGCAGCAUAAUUCCAGUCUCUGCCUCCCUCUUCACGUGGCCGUCUGGCCUGUGUGUCUCUGUCUCCACAAGGCGUUUUCCUCCUGACUCAGUGGUCUUUGAGGACGUGGCUGUGGACUUCACCGUGGAGGAGUGGGCUCUGCUGGAUUCUGCUCAGAGAGAGCUCUACAGAGACGUGAUGCUGGAAAACUUCAGAAACCUGGCCUCAGUGGAUGAUGAAACUCAGUUUAAGGCCAAUGGGUCAGUUUCUCAGCAGGAUAAUUAUGGAAAUAAAAUAUCCAAGGAACAUAAAAUAGCAAAGUUCACCAGAAAUGAUUCCUGGGCCUCCAUCUUAGGAAAAGUUUGCGAAGAACUUAGCAUUGAAGAUCAGCGCACAAACCAGGGGAAACACCUGAGAAAUCUUGUGGUGGAGAGACUCUGUGAAAGUAAUGACCAGUGUGGGGAAGGCUUCAGUCAGACUCCAAAUCAUCAUCUUUACCAGAACACUCUUGCUGGAGUAAAACGGUACGAAUGUAGUGCAUAUGGAAAAGGCUUCGUGCAUCAUUCAUCCCUCAGGAGUCACGUCGCCAUUCACACUGGACACAAACCAUAUCAAUGUCAGGAAUGUGGGCAGACCUACAGCUGCCGUUCCCACCUCAGAUCGCACGUGAGAACCCACAAUGGAGAGAGACCCUAUGCGUGUAAAUUAUGUGGAAAGACUUUUCCUCGUACUUCUUCUCUCAAUCGGCAUAUAAGGAUUCACACUGCUGAGAAAACCUAUGAAUGUCAGCAGUGUGGGAAAGCCUUCAUUGACUUUUCAAGUCUGACUAGUCAUGUGAGGACUCACACUGGAGAGAAGCCAUAUAAAUGUAAGGAGUGUGGGAAAGCCUUCAGUUACUCCUCAACUUUUCGAAGGCACAUGAUAACACACACUGGAGAGAAGCCCUAUAAAUGUAAGGAAUGUGGUGAAGCCUUCAGUUAUUCCUCCACUUUUCGAAGACACAUGAUUUCACACACAGGGGAGACACCACACAAAUGUAAGGAAUGUGGCGAAGCCUUCAGUUAUUCCUCAGCUUUUCGAAGGCACAUGAUAGCACACACUGGUGAGAAACCCUAUGAAUGUAAACAGUGUGGGAAAACCUUCAUUUAUCUACAGUCCUUUCGAAGACAUGAAAGGAUUCACACUGGAGAAAAGCCCUACGAAUGCAAACAAUGUGGGAAAACCUUCAUCUAUCCCCAGUCUUUUCGAAGACAUGAAAGGACUCAUGGUGGAGAGAAACCCUAUGAGUGUAACCAGUGUGGGAAAGCCUUCAGCCAUCCCUCAUCUUUUAGGGGACAUAUGAGAGUGCACACUGGAGAGAAACCUUAUGAGUGCAGUCAGUGUGGAAAAACUUUCAACUGGCCCAUAUCCUUACGGAAACAUAUGAGGACACACACACGAGAGAAACCCUACGAAUGUAAACAGUGUGGGAAAGCCUUCAAUCUGUCUGCUUGCUUUCGAGAACAUGUGAGAAUGCAUCCUGGAGACAAAUCGUAUGAAUGUAAGCUAUGUGGGAAAGCUUUCUAUUGCCACAUAUCCUUACAAAAACACAUGAGGAGGCACACUGCAGAGAAACUCUAUGAAUGCAAGCAGUGCGGGAAAGCUUUCAGUUGGCCCGAACUAUUGCAGCAGCAUGUAAGAACCCACUCUGCAGAGAAACCCUAUGAAUGUAAGGAAUGUGGGAAAGUCUUCAAAUGGCCGUCAUCUUUACCAAUACAUAUGAGAAUGCACACUGGAGAGAAACCUUAUGAAUGCAAGCAAUGUGGCAAAGCCUUCAGUUGUUCCUCAUCCUUAAGAAGACAUGUGAGGAUACACACUACAGAAAAACACUACAUGUGUAAUGUGGGGAAUUCUCCUGCAGAUGAAUUCAUGCACAGCACUUCAGAAAAUUCACACCAGGAGAGAAAUCUUAUAAAAGUUAUAGAUAUGGUAUUGCCUUUAUGAGUACUUGAUCAAUAAAAUGGACCCACAGGGAGCAUAUUUCCAGUUCUUUUGCAAAGAAACCUUUAGGUGAAAGAUAACGCUCCAAGUAUUACAACUAUAGUACAUAAACUUUGCAGGUAUUAUUUUUUCUUACAUUUCAGUAAAUAAAACUUACCUUUACAGUUUGUUGGACUUAUGGGUGAUUUGAAGUGUAUUUUCAAUAUGUAAAUAGUCUUAAUGUCUUAGUUCUUUAAAUUGUUCUUUAAGAAGAGGUUAUUGGCACCAUGAUACUUUGGUAUUGGUUGGGAUUUUCUCACUGGAUAUCACCCAUAUAUAUUUUCCACUUAUCAAGAGUUGUUAUUUAUUUUUGGGCAGAGGAGCCUUAUUCCAUUUUCCUUAUAAAUAGUUGGCCGAAAUGUGUAAUUAUGCAGAGUUGUUCAAAGCGUAUAGUCUCAUGUGAAUUGUUAUUUUCAACUUUUCCCCAUUGCUGUUUGCCCUUGCUUGUGAUUGGGAAUUGAACAGUAGGCUUUUACUUAGGAGAUACUUGUGAUGUGACCCUGAGACAGAGUUUGAGCUAGUUCUCUUGGAUCGUGUUAUGUCAACAUUGCUAGUGUUGGGAACUACGUUUCCCAGAAUCCCUUCCCUUUAUGAUUCCAUGUUUGAAUUCGCCAGUACCCUAAAUUGGCAUGAGGUUUCGAAGGCAGAACUGAAGAAGCUGUAACUAAGUUUUUGGAGCCACAUUAGCAUGUGACAGAUGCAUAGGGGCUUCUUGGACACCAGCUUUUAGCCUAUUUUUCUGAUUUUCAGCCCUGCCAAUCAAGCGUACCCUCAAAAGAAAUGCCAAAUGAUUGAUUUCCAUUUCUCUUGGAAGCAUAACUUUCCACAAAUGCCUCCAUGAGCUCAGUAUCUAGGAUCCACUUGGGUGUCAGGCACUGACAAUUUGGAUUUUUCUACAAACCCUAACGUGUCCUGCAGACCACUAAUUCAGACUCCCGGUCAGUGAUCUCUAAUGCUAUGUUUCCCCUCUUCUCUAGAUGUUAAGGUCUCUUACGAGGACUAAUUUGUAUAGUGAACUCUUUGUUCUCAAUACUUCUAAUGGCUCUGAUCCUGAUUCCACCACAAAAGCUACAGCGUUGCAGCAAAACAAACCACCCCAUGGACCUUUGCUGAUCCACUGCAUUUUGAAGUCUGCUGACCUAGGCUUUCUAUGUGAGAACAAACAUCUUCCUCAAAUAUUAGACUUUGGGAGAUUUCUGUUACUCAGAGCUGAAUGCCCUUCCUUGAUAAGGGUAUAAUUAUUAUGUUUGAUUAUGUGUCAGUAAAAACUCUGUGUAUUUUAUUUUCAAAGAAAAUCACCUGUAGACAUUUCUUAGAGAUAUCUCAUUUACCGCUUUUAAAUCACUUGUAUAGUAUUAGUUUUCUAGGACUGCUGUAACAAAGUACCACAACUGGGUGACGUAGGACAACAGAAGUUUUUGUCUCACAAAUUGCAGUCCAAAAUGAAGGUACUGGCUGGACCACGCUUCCUCUGAAAGUGCGAGGGAAGGGUCUGUGCCUGCCUUCUCCUAGCUUCUGGUAGUUGGUUGGCUGGUGGCAAGCAUAACUGUCAUCUUCACAUGACCUUCUCCCUGGGUGCAUGUCUGUCCUUCAUAUGGCAUUCUUUUUAUAAGGAGAUCACACAUACUGGGUCAGGGCCUCAUCUUAAUUACAUCUGCAACAACCCUAUUUCCAAAUAAGGUCACAUUCUGAAGUACGGGGUUAGAACUUCAACGUGGAUUUUUGGGGGACAUAAUUCAACCCAUAACACUAGCAAAUGUUAUUCUCUUUUUCAUUUGCAAGAAUAUAUUAAAGUAUUCCAUUGCAAUUAUGGACUUCAAAUCAACUGUACUUUUAGCAUUAUACAUUCUGAAUCAAUAUUACCUGGUGUACACAAGGUAUUUUUCUGCAUGUAAAUUUUUUUUUAUUACAUGAACAUUUGUUAUUAAAUGGAUUGCUUAUUCAUUGUUAAUAAUAAAAGCUUAAAUAAUG